UCGCUGUCUCACUCUGUCACAGACGCGAGGCGACAUCGCUCGGGUAGCACGCGCGUCGCACCGCGGAAAAAUGCCAUGUGCACGCCGCAGCGAUGUGUUGGCGUCAAGUGUCCAAAUUACAAAAGACUGUGUUCAUUGUGCUAUUUUACGUAAUACUGUACUUACUGAUAUUGUAUGCGAUGAGCCCGGACACAACGUUGACAUUCGUGAACGACGAGAUGCAGGGCGACAAGUAUCCCCUGUUGUUUCUAGUUGCGCCCAAUAUGCCGGUUUUUUCGGAUCCCGAGGGCGCAGACGUGUUCAGAUCUAGACGUUGCGGGAACUGCUUCAUCACUAACAAUAAAGGCUUCUUACCCAUCAGCGGGUACGAUGCUGUAUUAGUGUACGGCGAUCGAAGUGUCCUGUCGCAGACGGCCGCAUUUAUGGACCCGGGGAAACGGUACCUGAUAGAAUCGAGCGAGGAUUGCUUGAGGAACAAGCUGAGGAGAUGCAGUAUGGAGCCGAAAAUCACCUCGUAUAGUAGUAAAGAAUCGUAUGACCUAUGCGGUCUUUGCCAUCUCCUGGAAAAAUAGCGCCUUCGGAAUUUGAUGUGAUAAUACUGGUAGUUAGAACUGUAUUGCCUUGUAUGUUACGGUGCCUGUGAAAUAAUAAGGCCUGCCAAAUAAUGAUUGUUGAAUAUUGUAUGUAUACAGAAUGAUAUGGGUAUUGUAAGUUGGUGCUUGAGCUAAUUUUAUUAUACCUAGGUACUGUAUAUCCCUAGUUUCAGUUUGUUUUUAUAUUUUUUAUUUAUCCAAACGCGUACCCUUGUUUCGACUCUGUUAUUCUGCAAUGCAGAGGCAUAAUCAUCUGGAAUUAGGGAUGUGCAAACCGCUUUAACUGUUGGCAUUUAUCAAAUUAAAUGUAUUAAUGCUUUAUGUUUAAUUUUAUCACGAAAUUUUGUUUACGUUUAAAAUUUUUUGAGACUAAUCUAAACCAAAUUUGUUAUAGACUGUAAAUGAAUAAUACCUAGUUGCCUCGAAUAUACCUAAUUAAGAUAUUUUUAAAGAAAUCUCAAUAAUACAAUAAAUAGUUGAGAGAAGCAAAUCUUUUAAAAUAUUAUUUCAUAAUUAUUAUAUUUGAUUCGUUGUGAAUUUUGUUGUUUUCAUUACGCGUGUUACCAUAUAGAGCAGAUGUCAUGGUACAUAGAAAGUACAAAGGUAAUAAUUUAAUAACAGAAGGUCCAUUAAUAUAAAAAAAAAAAAUAUAUAUAUAAUUAUUGUAAAUUAUGAAAUAUUCAUAUUUUUAAUUGUAAGCUGUAAUAAGUGCAUUAUUAUGUCUAACACUUUCAGCUAGAUAUUUGAAAUAAAUUUCAAAGUGUUUUUAAUGUGGUAAGAAAAAAAGUGUCCAAAAAAAAAAAAAACUAUGUGUUAUCCUAUCAAAUGUAUAUUUAUCUAUGUUCGAAACAUAGUUAAUUGUGAUAACAAUAACUAAGUUAAGGUAAUUGUAACAACAUGAGAUUGGUGACAAUAGAAUCAAAGUGAAUUUUUAAUAAUUUAUCCUCGAUUAUAAUUUAUAAAUCAACAAUCGAUUCUUGUGUUUCACAUUAAUACUUUAUGUAACACGUCGUUUCCAGUAACCGACUUGGUCACAACACAAUGCAUUGUAUUGUAAGAAUGUAACAAUCGAUAAUAUAACUUCUAAUAACAGUUUCAUCGACUAGACUUCUGAACGUCAGCCAAACUAAAGUUAUUAGCAUGUUAUAUAAAUCAAUGAGAGCCAUUUAUAAUGUUUUUGCGUUUAAUUGAACAUUCUUGUGUUGCCAGAUUGUUUAUAAAGACAUAAGUAACAAUUACAAAAAUGCUUUAACUAUUUAUGUUUUUAAAAGUGCUAAAAAAGAAAAAAGUUUAGCACUUUUAAAAUCGACAUUUUAAUUAUGGCGUUUACUUUUACGAAUACACUUUACAAAAUUGGUUUAUUUUUGUUUUUAAAAGUGCUAAAAAAAUAAAGUUUAGCACUUUUAAAAUCGACAUUUUAAUUAUGGCGUUUACUUUUACGAAUACACUUUACAAAAUUGGUUUAUUUUUGUUUUUAAAAGUGCUAAAAAAAUAAAGUUUAGCACUUUUAAAAUCGACAUUUUAAUUAUGGCGUUUACUUUUACGAAUACACUUUACAAAAUUGGUUUAUUUUUGUUUUUAAAAGUGCUAAAAAAAUAAAGUUUAGCACUUUUAAAAUCGACAUUUUAAUUAUGGCGUUUAUUUUUACGACUACUCUUUACAAAAUUGGUUUAUUUUUGUUUUUAAAAGUGCUAAAAAAUAAAGAUUAGCACUUUUUUAAAAUUGGAAUUUUAAUUUUGACUAUUACUUUUAUACUUACGAACACUUUCAGUGUGUUUAAAAGAAUAAUUAAGAAAUAAGUAAAAUCUGAUUAAUUUAGGCAAAUAAUACAAAUUUUCAUAUUUUUUUCUUUCAAUAAUUGGAGCUGGUUAUGUAGGAAACAUCUAUUUGAAAGUUUAUUAACAAUCCACGUACUUAAAAUGGUUGAUUUCUGCAUGAUUAGCUCAAAUUGUAUCCACCAUCUUAUAAACAUCAUAGUAUGAUAGUAAAAUAAAGGAAAAAAAAUAUAGUCAACAGUAAAACAGACUCUUCUCAACAGAUAAAAAUUUUCCUUAUAAAAAAAAUGACGAAUUAAAAGUGCUUGUAAACAUGUCUAUAUAUUUGAGUAAAGACGAUAUGAAUUUGAAUGUAAUAGAAAUAGUUACAAAUAAAAAAUAUGCAUCCAAAUCGGAAUACACACGUCUGUACAGUCACAUGUAAGAACUUUACAAUAUACUUAUAUUACAAUAAUAAUAUGCCUUUACAAGGAAAUCUAUUAUAUGGAGCAUUAAAAUACAUUAUAUAUAUAUAUAUAUAUAUAUAUAUAUAUAUAUAUAUAUAUAUAUAUAUAUUGUCUUUGAUAAUUUAAUUUUAAUUAACGACAUGGGUGUUUAACGCUUGUUAGUAUUAAUUUAAUCAUGUGCCAUUGUACAAGUAGGUAGUUAGGUAAGAGUUAGAGAUUUGUUUCUCUCGAUCGUCACAAAAUUAUAAAGGUGAUAUAACAAAUAGAUUUUGUGUUUAGUUUAUACAAAAAGUGUGAAAUAAAUAGACAAUACCUUAAUAAUACGUUUAUUAUAGGUGAAAUAAAUUUAUUUCUAUUCAUUUUGUGUUUUCCCGUAAUUAAAUAAAAAAAUAUAUGAAUAUUA